UCAAUAGAGUCACUGUGUUGAAUAAUCACAGCCUAUCAGGCAGUAGGCUUGCAACAGCAGCUCCACUGCCUGUGACAUCACUCCUGAAGCUCAAACCCCACGCUAAGCUCCCUUCAUUAGUCAGUCUGUUGGUCUGUCUCCUUUUCCAGAUCUACAGACCUUUGCACACCGGAGCAUGCUGCUCUGAGAAGAAGAGCUGUGGAAAUCAGCAGCACGGGGAAAGAAAGAAAAGAGGAUACAGAGAAAGAAACAAAGAAAAAAACAAAAGACAAUCUACAAUAUGAAAUUCAUCUCAGCUUGUUACUUGCUGCCUCUUUUCCCUGUUCUAGUUUUCAGCACUAGAUACGGCUAUGAAGAACUGGAAAGACAACUGAAAGACAUCUUUAAGGAAAGGAGCAAUAUCCUCCGUCAACUGUCGAAGACCUCAAAAGAACUUGAAGGAAUUAAAGUAAACCUGCAGUCUUUGAAAAAUGACGAGGCAUCUGCCAAAAGUGAUGUGCAGAAACUUCUGGAAUUAGGCCAAAAGCAAAGGGAAGAAAUGAAAUCUCUCCAGGAGGCCUUUCAAAAGCAGCUUAAUGAGGCAGCUGAGAAAGCAGAAAAACAGCAGGCUACUAUUAACUUUCUGAAAUCUGAAAUGGAAAGGAAGAGCAAAAUGAUCAGAGAUCUCCAGAAUGAGAACAAAAGCCUGAAAAACAAACUCCUGUCGGGAAACAAGCUUUGUGGUAUUCAUGCAGAAGAGUCAAAAAAGAUCCAAGCCCAGCUGAAGGAGUUUCGCUAUGGGAAAAAGGAUUUGAUUUUUAAGGCCCAACAGCUCACAGACCUGGAGCAAAAGUUAGCAAUUGCAAAAGACAAGCUGGAAAAAGCCGCCCUUGACAAAGAGUCACAGCUGAAAGCUCUGAAGGAGACUGUACAACUCUGCCUGUCUUCCGUUCUGCACAAUCAACCUCCCGCUACGAAUAUAAUCCCUUCAAAACCAACUGAGAAGCUGACAUCCCAAGUUACAAAUGGCUCAAAAUUUCCAUUUCAAGUGACAAACACCAAGCAAAAUGCCUCAGCAGAUAAGGAGACCCUUCAUGUUGCCUCAACAAAGGAAGCAAAUCAAAGUGUCCAGGAGUGCGAAUCACAAGAUGUUGGCAAGACUUGUUUGGGGAAGCACAAUAAUUCAACAUCUCCUCACCUCAAGGUGGCAGAAACAGAUCCUAGCUUUCAGAAGUUGCACAGCCCUCCAUGGAUUCAACCUGAAGCUAAAAAAUCAGCAGAGACAAAUGAGAAGAAGCAUGAAGAGUCAGAUAAAACAGAAGAACAAGCACUGUAAACAUUACUAAACUAUGUUAACAAUGUCCUUCAUUUGCUAUUGUAUUCAUAUUGUUUUUAGUCAAGAAGCAUGAUAAUGUAUCAAGUUUCUAAAGCAUGUGACUUUUUCACUAUUUUAUGAAUGUUUGUAAAUUAGUCUAGUUUCUAGAUACAAUUAGUAUCUCUCAGCAAUAAUCCAACAGAAAUGGAUGUUUGAAGAUAUGUUUUGUAAUACAGUCCAGUUUUUUGAAAUAUUAUUCUGCCCUGACCAGUAACUUGCUUAUUAUAAAUCAGUCUGUUUUGUAAAGAACUGCCAUUCAGAUGUUUUCUUUUCUUAGCCUGUUCUGUUUGAUAGCUAUCUUUACUGUAUACUGGGAGGCUGAAGUCAAAACGGGGAUAAAAGCCUGCUAACAUAAAAUAAUAGUAAUUACAUAGUUAAAGUGCAAUGCUACUCGAAAGAGUGACUAUGUACAUGGCACAAUAGGAUUCCAUAUUUACCACCUUUCAAUGCCUUCCAUCUCAAAUCUAUUCAGUUAACAGGUAAAAAAGAUGUUUGUUUGUUUUUCCUAUUUGCAACCAUUACAAACUCAACUGAAUCUCAAGGUGUUUUCUUUGUGGCUUAUGCAGCACCAACAUAAAAAUUCUGCAGUUGAAACCAAGUUAACAAUUCUACUGGUGAUGCACAAGCCAGAAUGGAAUCCAUCUCCAUCUCCCAUAGCUAUGUUGGCCCUGCUGCCCUAACAGGAGUGAAAAAGAGUAAAAACUUACUUUGUCAUCAUAAUUGGCAAAACACAGAGAAAGUGGAUUUGAUGAGUGCUUGCAAUGGGACGUGCUACCUGUGUAGUUUUUAAGAAUCUCUUAGCUGUGCAUAGAGUGCACUUUCUGUAUCAGUUCUGCAGGAUAGGGAGUGGACCCAGCAGAGAAUAAAUAGCUGGAUAAUUGAUUCAGCUGAGGUUAAUUUAAGCAACAGGGCCAAGCUGCUAGAUCUAAAAGAAGAAGAAAAGGUGAAUCUGCGGAUGGGGAAGAAAAUCCUUCUUUGAGUAUUUGUUAGAGUAGAUCCCACAGUAGGUAUGAAUGUGUCUCAUGCACAAGACUGGAAUCUUUUGAUUAGCAAUGUCUGUUAGGCCUUGCUUGUGCCAUGCACAUCCUCAUGCUCCUACCUUAGCAACAAGACAGAAACCCUUUGAUCAAAAUUAAUUCCUCUUAUUAGUUUCUCUAUCCCUUUCCAUUUAAAUGAUAAAAACAAACAAACAAAAUUCUCCUUGUGUUUUCUUACUACCCUGGUCCCUUGUCCUCACGUGAUGGUGAACUCAAAGGCUUUAAGUCUUGUCCAUUUUGCAAUUACGUAAUCCUGCUCACCAACUACUAUAGCUGCUGUCCAUUCUGUCUCGGUGAGUUGCAUACGCUGAACAAGUGCUCAAUGUGCAAUUUGUUCUCAGCACAGACAAUAGAAAUCCCAAGAUGCCCACUUCAAGCUUCACCUUUUGGGAAAAUCCGUGAGAGUUACGUCAAACCCAGAGGAAAAAGACAUAAUCGGAAAGUCUUCCUGUGCAAGUAUCCUUAACAACCAGCACACAAGGAGAGUGGUACCAAAAAGAAAUCACUGUUGAGUAAAGUCUUGGAAUUGAAGUCACCCCUGGUACUUACAGCCUUGGGGACCAAAGACCUGUACCACCUCCUCACAGAGGCAGGGAAGUCCAGAAUAGAGAUAGGCAUGACUCCAGGCACUGCUUUAUGUCCUCCCAUAAGGAGAGGUCAAAAUACCAGCCCUCCAGGGAGGAGACCACUAACCACUUAGAGUGGCCAAAGAUCAGCAUAAAAAUACACAAGCCCAGCAACGACAUUGGCACUGUUCACUCCAGUACCUAUAUUGGCACCAGCAACAGAAUCACUCAUGGUACCAGCAGAGGAAGUAAUAUCCUCUGUGGCAAUGUCUUUGAUACUGAGAUCUUCAUCAGUACCAAUGCAUGCACCUUUCCUUCCACCACCAAUAUCAUAUAUCAGCACCAUCCCUGGACAAAUCUAUUCAGCAUCCCUAUUAGCAGGGCAUACCUUCUCACCAACAUCCAGUAGGGAAUCUUGGGAGUAGACCAGAGACUCCUCCUUCAGGGUCUCAGUGUUUAGAAAUGGACUGUCCAUCCCCAACCAAACCAGACAUACCAAUAUGUAUACAGGUGGGGGAAAGGGAAUAUAGGAUCUUGAAGGCAGGGAAGCAGGCUAUAUUUCCUCUCCCCCCAUAUACAGAGAAAGGGAAGGUGAUAGAUCAAGACGAGCAGCAAAAUCCUCCAUACUCCUAUCACCAUGGUUUAAGCAGCCAAGCUAUUUAGGAAACCUCUCCCGACUUCAGUAUUGCCAUGUCAGGUCAGCUGUAGAUGGAGGUAGCUGCUUCUGCAAAGUAAGUAAGGUGGGGAGAGGGAACAUAGGAUCUGGAAGGCAGGGAAGCAAUCUCAUAGACUGUGAGCUGCAGACAGCUGCUUCCCCGCCUUUGAGAUGCUAUAUUAAGAGCCCUCCAGUGAUACAAAAUUUGUAUCUGCAUCUGGGCUUUCAUUCAGUUCCAUCAAGUCCACCUUGCAAUAAUCUCUGCAUGGAAUCCACCUGAUCAGUUCUUUUUACUCUUCAUGCAUCCCAUGUGUCAAGGUUCCUUCCCCACUCUGAACUCUAGGGUACAGAUGUGGGGACCUGCAUGAAAGACCCCCUAAGCUUAUUCUUACCAGCUUAGGUUAAAAACUUCCUCAAGGUGCAAACUUUGCCUUGUCCUUGAACCCUAUGCUGCCACCACCAAGCGUGUUAAACAAAGAACAGGGAAAGAGCCCACUUGGAGACGCCUUCCCCCCAAAAUAUCCCCCCAAGCCCUACACCCCUUUCCUGAGGAAGGCUUCAUAAAAAUCCUCACCAAUUUGCAUAGGUGAACACAGACCCAAACCCUUGGAUCUUAAGAACAAUGAAAAAGCAAUCAGGUUCUUAAAAGAAGAAUUUUAAUUAAAGACAAAAUAAAAGAAUCACCUCUGUAAAAUCAGGAUGGUAAAUACCUUACAGAGUAAUCAGAUUCAAAACAUAGAGAAUCCCUCUAGGCAAAACUUUAAGUUACAAAAAGACACAAAGACACAUUCCAUUCAGCACAGUUUAUUUACCAGCCAUUUAAACAAAAGGAAAUCUAACACAUUUCUAGCUAGAUUAUUUACUAACAAGUUCUAGGACUCCAUUCCUGUUCUGUUCCUGGCAAACACAUCACACAGACAGACAGACCCUUUGUUCCUCCCCACCCCCUCCAGCUUUGAAAAUAUCUUGUCUCCUCAUUGGUCAUUUUGGUCAGGUGCCAGCGAGGUUAUCCUAGCUUCUUAACCCUUUACAGGUGAAAGCGUUUUGCCUCUGGCCAGGAGGGAUUUUAUAGCACUGUAUACAGAAAGGUGGUUACCCUUCCCUUUAUAUUUAUGACACCAUGAUAUCAAAAUUCUUGAAGAGGUUGUUGCAUACUUACCACGUUUCAGAGAGCACUGCUUGCAUGGAAUCUCAAUGCUGUCCAUUCCAGCCAUUUCAUUUUGGAAUGCUACCUACACCACGUUACACUCAAGACAGUCUUCUUAGGUGCCAUCUCAUCAGCUAGCAGAGCUGAGACCUCAUCCAAUUUUUAUCCGUAAAGUGGUUUCAGAAUUUAAUUUGAACCAGUCUAUCUACUUACCUGUAUUCUUCACCAAAGCCCAUGCCACAAUGAGGGAGAAGAAUCUCCACAUUCUGCGUGUUUCAGGAGUUUUAUUAUACUAUGUUGAUUAAAAAAAACCCUUCAAUCUGGCACUCCUCUUUUUGUGAUCAUCUCUUGUGCUUUGAACAUUCAAGCUCUCUCCUCCCAGAGGAUGUAUAAAAGGAUCACAUAGUGAAUAUCAAUCUACUACCAGAUGGAUGAGAUGCCUCUCCCUCCAUAUGUUAAAUCUCACUCCUCGAGAGCAUAAGCUACAUCCGCUGCCUAUUCCAGGAGCAUAUUCAUAUUAGAAAGCUGUAAGGUUGCUAUGCAGGUAACUCCUUGGUGUCCAUUAAGCACUACGCUCUUGAACUAGCUGCUAGGUCAGAUGCCAAGUUUGAGAAGGCAGUGUUACAAUCACCGUUCAAUUAGGUCAGUCAGAACUCCUCAGUUCCAUCUUCCAGAUGGGACACUGCUUGCCGGUCACCUACAGUGAGAUUCACCGUGGAUAUAUAGUCAAAGAAGAAAGAAUGGUUACUUACCUUGUAAUAAUUGUGGUUGUUUGAGAUGUAAUCAGUGUGGAUUCCACCUUCAAUCCUAUAUCUGGGAUUAUGAUUUAGCAAGAGAACUGAGGGAUAAUUGCAGCCACUCCGCACUUUAUGCCUUUGGAGAGAGGAGCAUUAAAAACAUGCCUGGUGCAGGCAUGGCCCAAGGGACACUGCUAUUUAAAAGAUGCUGAUCUCACACAUGAGACACUUAAGGUUUGUCUGCACUGCAGUUUAACACCCAUGACUGGCCCUUGCUAGCUGAAUCGGGCUUAUGGGCUCGAGCUAAGGGGCUGUUUAAUAAUGGUAUAGAUGUUCUUGCUCAGAGAGGGGUCCAGGCUCUAGGACCCUGAAAAGUGGAAGGGUCACAGAGCUUGGACUUCAGCCUGAACCAGCAUGUCUAGAGUGCAGUAAAACAGCUCCUUAGCCUAAACCCCAUGAGCUUGAGUCAGCUGGCACGGUCCAGCCACAAGUUGUUAAUUGCAAUGUAGACAUAGCCUUGUAGUGGGGUCCACCACCCUGAUAACAUUUCUAGGAAUUAUGGUUACCAUAGAUAAGUAACUGUUCUUUUCACUCAGCGGGGAGGCUGGAUGACCCUUUUUGGACCCUGAAAGGGGGAGAAAAUUGUGUUGCAGGGGUUUUUUGCUUGUACUCUAGAGAGUGGUGGACUAAUAUUAAUAAUAUUGCCUGGAAAUGGAAAAUGUUUUUCUGAAACCUGGUGAGGGGGAAGGACCUUGGAGCCUGAGCUCCAGUCCAAGCAGGAACAUCUACACUGCUAUUUUUAGCCGCAUGGCUUGAUCCCUGGAGCCCAAGUUAAGUGAUCUGGGCUUUAAAACUUUGCACUGUGGGCUACUCUUUGAAGUGUAGACAUACCCUUAAGCAUCAAAUGCAAAACCUGACUGCCUUUCUGAUCGCCCCAAUACUUCUGAUUGACUGGCUUGCACAGGGAGCAAGGGGAGAUAGUCAGCAGUUCUCAAUGGCCAGUCGAGAUCUACCCUAUAUGUACACUCACUUGUAAUAGAUGAAGAGAUGUGUACUGUUACUUCAUGCUGCUACUUAGCAUAAAAGUCAUAGGGCACAAAGUCAAACCCUUCAUUUUGCCAGUAAAGGAUAGUCUUAAAGGGAAUAAAUAGACCUGGAUAUAGUCUCCCAUUUAUGGAUUAUCUGACGGUCAGCAGUUAAAAGCAGGUUCUACUUUAAAAACAGCCCUUCCAUAUUUUGCUGCACAUGCAGUGCAACAGGUAAAAGGGCAAAGCAGCAUCCUGGAUCACUGCCCAUUGUAACAUCUCAUGACUGUUUUUCUGCUGGAUUGCACAAUAGGAUACAGUCCCAGACGAUUUGUUUGUCUCCUUUCUGGAAAGAAGUUCAUCCACGUCACAUAUAUUGAUUUUUGUGUAAAGGUCAUAACCAAGAAGUAUUCACUUAUGCAAAAUUGGAAACACACAUUUUUGGAUCAAAACAAUGACCGCUACAAAACAGAAUGUUAAAAUCUUUGUUAUUCUGCUCCUUACAAGCUACAAUGUUUGGGUUGAAAUGGGUUAUUUGUCUGCAAAUAGGGCUCAGUAACUCAUUUUGCUUGAGCGAAACUUACAUAUUUUACUAGAUGUGAUUUCCAUUUUAUUCAUCAAGAAACAUAAAAAUAGCCCUUAGUGUUUCACUCCUUGAAAAUUAAGAUGCUCAAUUCCAAUUCAUUGUUUAUUUUUCAUACUGAAUUUUUACUGUCUUUGCAGGGUAAAUCGGAUAUGAGUAAGUGAAAUGAAAACAUACUUUAUGACACAAAUAUUGUAGUGAUACUGGCCUAAAUUUAUCCCAAUGAAAGUCCAUCAGAUACAAUGGUUUUCCACUAGAGAUUUGGCUGGUUCAAUAUAUUCAUCAGGAAUACAUUUUCUACCUCAAUGAAUGUUAGGGAGGAGGCUUUGUGUCAUCAUUCCAUCAGCUGACUUGCAGUGGGGAUCUGGAUGUGUCCUUGGCUAUGCCACUGACUCAGCCUGUAAUUUUGGAAAAGCUGCCUCAGUUUCCAUUUCUACACUCACUUCAUUUCUGUGAAUCAAUUUGUGCUCCUCAGAUGAAAGACAUUAUGUUAGUGCUAAGUAUUAUUAAUACUUUAUUUAGUGCUUUUGCUUGCCUGCCUUGGUACAAUUUCCUCUUAAGAACUGUCAAAGUCAAUAUGGUGUAAUCAAACUGUAGACUGGGGCAUUUUUUGAAAAAUAUGACCUUUUCAGAAGGUUUCUUCCUAGCUACAAAUAUGAGACUCUUAAAUACUUUUUCAUUUUUAGCACAUGCUGAAUAUUAUCUUUGCUGUACUGUGUUGUAUUUGCUGUAAAUACAAAGUGUUAAAUAAUUCUC